AGUGGCUGUCGGCGCGAUCAGCUUGCUUGAGUGGGAGCCGAAUUUCUGGUUGCCUUUUUAAAGUUAAAACGUCUUGAAUUUCGUAUCGAGUUGAGGUUUUUCUUUGUUUUCUUACUUUCUGUCGAGUAGACAAAAGAACAGGAAGCGAGUGAUCUACGGUGGUGGCAAUUCUUCGUUCAUGGACUCCGAAGUCACCGAAAUUCCUCGGCCGGUUUUUCGGACUCGGAACAAGAAUAGACACAAACCGGUAGUUGUUUAUGAAGUGAUUGAUGUUAACAGCGAUGACGAAUCUGCUGAUGUUAUUGAUGUUGAUAAGCAAGUUGAGUCAAAGAACAAGGGGAAGGCUGUAGAAUGUGAAUCUUAUGGCUCUGGUAGUUCUCAACCUAAGGGUUCUUCUAAGAGUCCUGUCUCUGGUUUGCAUAAUGUAAUCAACCUUGAUUCUGAUUUUGAUGAUAAUUUCAUGGAUGAAGAUUGUGCACUUUUGCAAGCUUAUUUUGAUAGUGUGGACAUUCCUGCUGGAGUGGAGGCACCUGUACCCUGGUUGUCAGAUCCUGCUUUUAGGAAAAAAAAGACAGUUAAUGGAUUUAGUUCAUCAUAUAAGGAUCCUACCUCAGUGAGUGGUUCAACUUUGCUGAACCCAGUGGGUGUUCCAGGUCAUUCUACCACAGCAGAUAUCACUUCAUCUGGGUUAUCUCCACAAUCUUCCCUUGGCAAAGCUGGUUUGCCCGGUAGCAGGAGUUCUCAAGAUCUUCCGUAUAACGUAAUGACAUUCACUCCUCCCCACCCUAGGCAGUAUCCCCUGACAAAGCAAUACAUGUUUAACCAAGACCCUUUUUUCCUUCCUAUGACACCUGGGCCUGGGCUAUUUGGUACUAGUAAUAUACAUGGACAAGUUGAUACUAGUGAUUUAGAUGGUCAUGUUGGUAGUAGUACUUUAUUUUAUCCAGGUGCACCGAAUUAUCCUCCUGCUGUACAACCGUUCAUGUCUUGGUGGUCCAAUUCUUUGAAUCCUGAGGUGGGUUCAAAUUUUGUUAGUUAUGAAACUUAUCCAAGUUUUUAUGAUACUCCUGAUGUCUAUAACCCACCAGCAGAAUCGAGAGAUAUCCCUUCCCCUCCUGGUCAAGAUAGUACCAAGAUUAAACUAUGUGUAGAUGUAGAUGAUAUUUUGAAGAAGUUUAAAACUUUUAAACAGUUUGAUACAGUUGAAGGUUAUUCUGAUAAUCACUAUGCAUCUAUGUCUUCUUCAAUGAAACAGCCAUCAAAGAAUUGGGUGAAGCGAAUCCAAGAAGAAUGGAAAAUGCUGGAGAAGGAUUUGCCAGAUACAAUAUUUGUUAGGGCAUAUGAAUCAAGAAUGGAUAUUUUAAGGGCUGUAAUUGUAGGAGCGGAAGGUACUCCCUACCAUGAUGGUCUCUUUUUCUUUGAUGUUUUCUUCCCUAGUGGUUAUCCCAGUGUACCUCCGCUUGUGUACUAUCACUCUGGUGGCCUUCGACUCAAUCCAAAUCUAUAUGCAUGUGGUAAGGUUUGUCUCAGUCUUCUUAACACCUGGUCUGGUCAGAAGAAUGAGAAGUGGAUUCCUUCUAUGUCAACCAUGCUGCAAGUUCUGGUCUCUAUACAGGCAUUGAUCUUGAAUGAAAAGCCUUACUUCAAUGAGCCUGGGUGGGCCUGUAUGAAAGGCACUGUAAAUGGAGAAAAUGAGUCCCGGAAAUAUAAUGAGAGCACAUAUCUUUUAUCAUUGAAGACAAUGAUAUACACAAUGAGGAGACCUCCAGAGCAUUUCCAGGAUUUUGUUGUAGGCCACUUCCAUCAGAAUGCUCAUAAUAUUCUCAUUGCAAGUAAAGCAUAUAUGGAUGGUGCACAGGUGGGAUCUCACGUCAAAGGUGGCCCACAGCUCAUUGAGAAGGGUAACAGGAGCUGCCCAAAGCAUUUUAAGGACUCUUUGGCUGCAAAUAUCGAUUUGCUUGUAAAAGAAUUUAGUAAAAUUGGAGUCAAGGACUGUGAGAACUUCCUCACUCAAACAAGCAGAGGGGUCCCUGUAGUUGGUAAUCAUCUACCUAAGGCUAAGGCAUCAAUAUAGAUGGUUUCUUUUGAAAUGCUAAUUUUGAGAUUUAGACGCAAAGCGUUAUUUGACUAAAACAUUUAAGUUAGGUUUUCAAUCAUAUUAUAAUGUUAUCUUCCGUUAUAAUUAUAAACAAUUGCAUGUUUAUUUCUUUAAGGUGCCUGCCUGCGAAUAAUUUUGGAUUUUGUACAUAAUUGUAUAUAUGGAUGGGGUUAUUGAAGUUCGAACCUAAUUGUGAGCA